GUUUGGUAAUCUCAUUUUAUGUAAUGUAUUUCAUGUGAUGGUAAUAAUAGUAGAAAGAAAACGGUAAGAGCCAGUGGGCUGUGCCAGUCCUCCAGCUCCACAGUCGUGGUGGUGCUGCUGCUGCCUUCAUCACUACUCUGCUUGUUAAAUAUAACCUUGAGCCAAAAGUGACAGUAAUAUACAUUUAAAGCACUAGACUACGCACCGUCCAACUGAGGAAUAUGAGGAGACAAAAGGGAGUCAAGAUCUAAUGGAAAUUCUCGUAUUGUAGAUCAUCAGGACCUACUCUUCAUAAUACAUAAUGGAUGCCUUGUCAAUGGAGGAACUUAAUGGGUUGAGAAUGAUAAUGGCUGUUAAACUCUGUGGUCAACGUGUCUUGCAUAAAACAUUCUGUUGGGGAACCCCAGAUAAACCUAGUAACAUGAAACUGGAUGAUUACUUAAAAAAUUUAAAAAAACUGAAUCCAAAAUCAUCUGCAAAUUACUUGAAAGUGUCAGGGAAACUAAGAGAUUUUGACAAAGCUCAAGAGAAUUUAAUAAAUAUGAGUGUAGAUGGAUCAAUGUUUGAUGUAUCAAUGCUCUAUCAUUGCAUCAAACUUGCCUGUGAAAAUGUGGCCUCGUUCAAUGACUUAGUGUGGCGUGAUAAAAGUACGGAAAUGGAGUACUACGUGACUGCUAUAAAGGAUAUGAGGAAUGAUGUUCUUCACGGUAAACAUUCAUUCACUGAUACAGAGAUAAAUGAAAAGACAAAGGAGUUACUAGAUCUUUUAUUUAACUGUCUUAAGACAUCGAGAGAUCGGUAUAAACGGGAUCAGGACGAAGUGGAUAGAGAGAUCAAGCAGAUCACUGAAGAUCUGAAACUCAUCAUGAAUAAAACUUUUGGCGUUGAUGAUUUAGUAAUAAAUAUCAGAGAUGAUCUGAAGGAACUUAUAAUAGAGAAGAGUAGUGCAAUACUGAAAGACUGCUUCCAAAAAAAAUGCUAUUUAAACCCUCUGUCUUUCAUCAUCAAGAAUUUGCGCCUAAAAGUAAGUGAAAUAUUUGUUGAUGUCGAAGUGAAACAGGGAAAACGUGGAGGUGAAGGUGAAAGUGUAGACUAUAAACAUCUUCUUAAGCUUGUUCAUAACACAGCCGCAUAUUCUACGACCUCUGCCUCGCUGCAACAAAGUUUACUGACACGACCUCAAGUACUCCUUCUGGAAGGUUUGGCAGGAAGCGGCAAGACGACUUUAAUGAAGUUAAUCACAGAAGAAUGGAUACAAGGUGGUCAAGGUAUGAUGGAAGGCUUAGAUUUUAUGAACUCCUUCUGUGGGUACAAUGUAGGGACCCUAUCAUCAAAUCCCCUCACGGUCUCUUGGACAUGUUGAUGCCUGAUGUUUCUACGAACUUUAAGAACCUCCUGCUAAGAGUUAUGAAACUUUGUAAGCUCCUAAUUAUCGUUGACAGCCUGGAUGAAAUCAACGAGCAAUCUGAAAACCUCAUCAAAAGUCUUUUACAAGAAUGCCAAAAUUCUUCUCACACAACAUUUCUGUGCGCAUCAAGACCAGAAAAAGUUGAAAUAUUCGAGCGGAUGAUCCCUCAAGAAUAUGAUGUGACAAAUAUUGAAUUACAAGGAAUAACUGAUCAAGUAAUGCCACAGUUCGUUCAACGGACUCAUCAAGAGAUAUCUAAAAAAACAAACAGUAAUCAAAGCACUAACAAACUGGUAGAUGUGGUGAUAAGACUAACAAGUUUUCAGGAACACUUAAGACUCCCUCUUAAUUUAACAUUCUUUAUUUACAUCUUGAACCAAAAAUCAGAAAAUUUAAACUUGUUGUCUCUCACCGAAACGGAACUUUACUAUGAAAUUCAUCUAAUGUGGCGAAAGAAGUUAAAAGAGAGAUUAGUGAUUAUAAAUCCAAGGUUCAAGGAAAUGAGUAAGAGGGACCUAGAUUAUAAGGUUAAUAUAAUUUUGAGAGAGAUGUAUGUGGUAGCGGUAGAGACCUUCCCACAUGACCAGUUGACCCUUGAGAAUGAGAUGAUAAAUCGAUUAUGCACUGUUUCUAGCACUCAAGAGUUGCCUUCCCAAGAGGUCUUUUCAACAUUUCUUUGUUUGAAACCCAUUACGACAAAGCAUAGCGUCAAGAAACAGUACUCUCUACCGCACAAAGGACUGAGGGACUUCUAUUGUGCUUUGCAUAUUGCAAUGACGCUCAAAGAGCAGUUUUCUGCUUUGCCAUCAUCAUUUAACCAGCAACCUCCUGAGUCUGCUCAGGCACCUAAUUCUGACUCUCCCGCAGAAACAUUAGACCCUUCUGUAACGAUCCGGGGAAUUUUGGAAAAGACUAUCAAUGUAGCAAUAAUGGAUAUAACCAAGUUUCAGAAUAUUUUUGUGCAUGUGGCCGAGCUCCUGCGUCAGUUAUUUGAUCAGGUACCUAAAGUGAUCACAGAUGAAGUUGUCCAUCUUUUACGUGAGUCUGGGGUAAUGGACAACUACCAUUGUCUGAAUCUCCUUGAAACCCCCAGUGCGAAUUCAGCCACAUAACAACCUAUACUCGCUUGAAGCUCUGUGGCUCUCCCUCCCCCAUGAUUAUAAUAAUAAUAAUAAUAAUAAUCUGUGGCUCUGCAACCAUUCCUCAAGACAUUUAAGGUGCGAAAUAUUAUCUAUUGUAAGCCUGACGAACUAUCUCAACGGCAAGAACUACUCAAAACUUUGCUCAUCAUAAAUGCACAAGCCUGAGUGUAGACCACCACCGUUAUCAUGCAGUUCUAAGUUGCACAAGCGAAUCAUUUGCUUAUAAAUCAGCCUCUUUGAUCUAGAUUAAGAUUUUGCUACCAAAGGUGCUAGUUAAUUGUGCAGCUUAUAUUUAUCCUAUGGACAGUAGAUCAAGAAAAUUUAAAAAUACAAAAGACCUAGGAAUUAGACCCUAAAAAGGAUUACCAGCAGUGUAUAUUGGGAUUUAGAUACUUUAUUUUGCCUGCUACAAGCAACCUCAGGGUAUUUGCAUAUAUACCUAGUCUGAUAUUCUCUUUUAGUAAGAUAAAUUACACAUCACACAGGUUAUCAUAAUGUCGGUCUCUAUAUUCCUUAAUUAAGAAGUGAGCAACCAAACACAUGUGUUCAAUAAUGUGAUUAUAAGACUGUCCACAUAAUUUACAUUUAGUUUGAUUAUUUGUACAUAUACCAGACUGCCAGAACCUGUAAAGAACCUGUUGUGGCUACCACAACUCUCAUUGUGAGUUCUUAUAAAGAUGUAACCAAAU